AUGGAUAGAGAAAUCUCCCGUGUCCAGACUCGUAUAUCGAGGAUCGAGUCCACCAGAGAGUUGGAGCAGCAGGUGGAGUUCAAGGACCAGCAACACCCUGGCGAGAGCUCCUCUGGCGAUAACACCGUUCGUGCUUCCAGCUUGAACGGGUUUGAAAAACCCAACCAGGAAAUGGUCGAGGACGCCCGUCCCAUGACGCUUCCUCAAAAAAGAAAAAAGGCCAAGCUUCCUGGCAUUCUUCACGAAGACGGCCGUCGUGAGCUCAGGCCGAAAGACUGCUACGACAGGUUGGGAUACAAGUUCCCCUGGUACAAGAAAUGGACGAUUUUGACGGUGAUUUUCGCCGUGCAAAUGUCCAUGAACUUCAACACUUCGGUGUACCCGUCGCAGAUUGCCCAGAUUGCCGACCAUUUCGGCGUUUCCGAGCCCAAGGCCAAGGUGUCUCAGAUGAUGUUCAUGAUCAUGUACGCCUUUGGAUGUGAGUUGUGGGCCCCCUGGUCGGAGGAAUACGGCAGAUGGCCCAUCAUGCAAUCGUCGUUGUUUCUUGUGAACAUCUGGCAGAUUUUGGGUGGUUUGGCGCCCAACUUUGCAUCUAUCAUUGUCGCCAGAUCGCUCGGUGGUUUGUCUUCUGCCGGUGGGUCCGUCACUUUGGGUAUGACGGCCGAUAUGUGGGAACCCAACGACCAGGGUUUCGCUGUGGCUUAUGUGGUGCUUUCUUCGGUUGGAGGUUCGUCCAUUGGCCCCAUUUUCGGCGGAAUCAUGCACGAUCACCUCUCGUGGCACUGGAACUUCUGGAUCCAGUUGAUUUUCGGCGGCGUGGUGCAAAUUGCCCAUUUCUUCCUUGUCAGCGAGACCAGAACCACCAUUUUGAUCGACAGAGAGGCCAGAAGAAGAAGAAAAGACGGCGAGGACGACAAUAUCUGGGGCCCCUCGGAGAUUCACGGCCGUGCCGUGAACGUCAAGGAGGUGCUCACGAUCUGGAGACGUCCAUUCGAGAUGUUCUUGAGAGAACCUAUUGUGUUGUUUCUUUCGUUGCUUUCCGGUUUCUCCGACGCCUUGAUUUUCGUGUGCAUGGAGUCUUUCCCUCUUGUGUACGAGCAGUGGGGGUUCGGCAACACCGCCGCUGGCCUUGCUUUCAUUCCCGUCAUUAUAGGCUACAUCAUCGCCUAUUGCGUCCACCUUCCCGACGUGUGGCGCCAGAAAUUCCUCAUUUACAACGAGGGCGAGGACCUGAGAUACGCCGAAAGACGACUUCUUAUCCUUCUUUACAUUGCGCCCCUCGAGACCAUCGGCUUGUUCGGUUUUGCCUGGACCUCCAUGGGCCCUCACUACAACCCAUGGAUAGCGCCCAUGAUCUUCACCACCUGCAUUGCCAUCGCCAACUACAGUAUUUACAUGUCCACCAUCGACUACAUGGUGGCGGCGUACGGACCCUAUUCUGCCUCGGCCACUGGUGGUAACGGAUUUGCCAGAGACUUCCUUGCGGGUGUGGCCAUUAUGUAUGCCACUCCGAUGUACCAGAACAUCGGCGACGCCAGACACUUGCAGUGGGCCUCGACCAUUCUCGGGUGCAUUGCCAUUUUGGUGGCGAUCCCGAUUUAUGUGUUUUACUGGAAGGGUCCUGCCAUCAGGGCCAGGUCCAAGUUUGCCCAGACCUUGGCUGCGGACAGAAAGGCCUCCAAGCAGCACACCGCCACGGAGUGGGAGACGGAGAAGGAGGUUUGA